AUGGCAAAUCCCAGGAUCAAAGUGGUCUUGUUUGACUUCAUGGGAACAUGCCUCGACUGGCACAGCGGAGUCCUCAAAGCCUUACCACAAUUAAUCCCCGAGGCGGAGAGGUCAAAACUCGCUUUGAAAUGGCGUCACGAUUAUUUUGACGCAAAUGCAGCCCGCCUGGCUUCAAAGCAGCCUCCCGAAGACAUCGACAUCACGCUACGGAACACUCUGGAUGCAUUAUUAGAAGAGAAGCCAGAAUUAAAAGAGUUAUUCACCGAGAAAACAAAGAAUUCGUGUGUCGUAGCAUGGCACUCUAUGCCAGCGUGGCCAGACGUCCCCAAAGCCAUCGAUCAGCUGAAGGCUGCAGGAUAUGAGGUUUAUGUUCAUGCGAAUGGAACGACACGGCUGCAGCUGGAUCUGUGUAGAUCAUCGGGAUUGUCAUUCAACAUGCUGUUUUCAAGCCAAUUGUUAGGAGUGUACAAGCCAGCUCCGGAGAGUUACCAGAAGGUGGUGCAAUUGGUGAAAGUGAACCCGGAAGAGAUUGUUCAGGUCGCUGCACAUGCCUACGACACUCGAGGUGCGAAGGAUGCUGGCAUGAGAACGGUGUACGUACAUCGAUGGACCGACGAUAUCAACGAAGACAUGGAAGUCGUCCGAGGCGAGAAUGACUCCUUCUUAGAAGACAUGACAGAUCUUGCAGCAGUUAUCGGGCAGCUCUAA